GUCAUUAGCGAGGCAUAAACUAGAGUUUGAGCCCAGAGGUUAAGUAUACGACGCCGUAAUCCCUGACUGCGGCAGCGAGUGAAAAGCAGACGACUCCGGCCGCGACCCCGAGCGAUGGCAUUUUGACGCUGGAAGAAAGAUCUGACAUCAACGCCGUCGUUUCGGGCUCAAACAAUGUUCUUGCUGCCUCCUUCCAUCUGAUGUGGUGGAACCGUCGACAAGAUGAUUUCCGAAAUGUUUAGACGAGGGCGUAGAGCAUUAAGGCAUUCGAAUUCUGGUCGGAGUUUUACAUUUUGGGCAUUAGUUGCAUUGCUGAUACUCUUAUUCAUAUCGGUGAUGCUAGUUUUUGGAACUAGAGGUAGAAAAACUGAUCCAUUGCCUACGAUAUUGGAGCCAGAUUGGGGUACUUUUAAUCCUAUAAUUAGGUUAGAUCCAACUGUUCAGCUCAGAAAAGGUAGAGAGGUGAUCUCCCAAGUCCCUGGCUCACCCAAAGCAGUGCUCUUCCUGGCUCAUGGUUGUAAUGGCAGAGCUGGAAACUUUUGGGAUAAAUCUCCCACAUGUGAAAAGUGCGUUGGUUUGCCCGAAGAAAGGCUUCUUGUUCUUCAUGCGUUAGCAAGAAACUUUGCCAUUGUUGCCAUAUCAAGUGCUGGAAGAUGUUGGACUUUUGGUGAGGAGCUACUGGUUGUCAGAGAUACUAUUGAGUGGUGGCGGGCGAAAGAAAAACUUAAUGAGCUCCCUCUUUUGGCUCUUGGUGCAUCAUCUGGGGGAUAUUUUGUUUCUGUACUUGCUACUCGGGUAAAGUUUAGUGCUAUUACUAUAAUGAUAGCGGAAGGGAUGUUUGGAAAGAUGGACAUCAAAAGCACUUAUCCUCCCACACUUUUUGUACACAUGCCCAAAGAUGAAGCUCGAAAGCAAAGGAUCGAUAAGUACUUGGUAGUUCUAAGAGAAAAAGGGAUCAAUGUCGAAGAGAUAAAGUGCAUGGAGUUUCCCCUGACGCCAAAUCACUUCGCUGAUGUAAUUGCAGGAAUCGAUAAGAACUUGUCAGCGCAGCUAUUCUACUUGUUCAAAGAAAAAGGAUUCAUUGAUAAGGAUGGUUACAUGAUGAAUGAUGGGCGUGCAAUACAGUGGAAAGCAUCUCUAAAGGACAAAGGAAUUACCUUGCCUGAUGAGUCAUUAUUCAAUCACAUUCAGGAGGAAAUGAAUCUUGCUUAUGCUUAUCAUGAAAUGACUAGCUUACCGUCUGAGCAGAUUAUGGAUUGGUUUGAAUCUCAUUUAAGCUGACAAGUCGCCUAACAUGUCUCUUUAGCUUUGAUAUGCCUUCAUAGAAUGUAUAUUGGAGAGGAUGAAGGGUACUUAAUAUUUGCCUCUGUUCUGAAAAACUGAACAAAUUUGAGGAGAGCAAAUAUUCUGUCUUGUUGUUAUACUUGUAGUUACUGGCUCGUAAGGUAGACUUCUCAUGUAGAUGCUAAUGACUGUUCCAUGUCAUAGAAACUUCUUGCACAUGCUAAUCUUCAAUUUCUAUUUGAAGCUUAUCAGUUCUUCGGAGCAUAUUUAUGUGAUUUCUUUGAAUGUUGUGAAGUAUUCUGACUGUAGUUCUACGGUGCUGUUAGGGUGAUCUGAUUGUUCUUUAAAAGGGCCACAUGGCGAAUUAAUGAACCAUCAAUAAGGAACAGAAAGAAGAGAACAGUUUAGGCCAGUGAGGCUAAACAACCACAGGCAAUCAAUAGCGAAAAAUUUUAGUGUCUAAGAUUGAGUUAUGCAAGCUGCUCGGCUAAACAAAACUUGGAAACAAACUUCUUCUGGUUACAGUCUAACAUUUCACUCAAACUAACGAUAAUAUUUUUCUUUUUCAAAACUUUAUGCCGCGGCUCUAAUCUUUUCUUCAAACCAUGUCUGAAAAAGUCCGGAUAUUCAGCAAUUUCGUCAAUUCUUCUCCCCAUCACAUGCGUCAAGAAUUCAAUUCUUGGGGCUAAGGAAUUGGUCACGCUCUUGAUCAAAACUGGAGGGUAACCAGCAACCAGAGCUGCUAUUUGCCCAUGUCCAAACCCACAGGACUUCAGGUAUUCAACAUUGCGCCUCAGUAUCUUUUCGACAUCUCUAGACAAAACUUCAGGGAAAUUAAUAACUACUCUUUGCAGAUCUGCUUCAGUUAGACCCAAUGAUCUCAAGAACUCUGAUGUCGGACGCAGUCUUUUGUCAACGCUAAAACCCAUAAUGAAGGGGUGUCUUGCCAGAAUUUUACCAAUCAUUUCAUCUCUUGUCAAUCCAAGACUGCAAAGGAACUGCACUAGUUCAGAAAGCUUUGUCUCAAUGCUGUAGCUAAUGAUUCUGGGGUUCAAAAGCAUCAUUUUACCGAUUUGUUUUUCUGCAAGACCUAGGGAUUCAAAGAAAGCCAGAAGCGGACACAGCUUCUCUUCUACACUGUGCGAGAGUAUGUUAGGAAAUUUAGUAAUAGCAGAUGCAACUUCGUUACGUUUUGUCCCCAGUGUUGCGAGGCACUCAACCAUAGGCACCAAUUUCUCGUUCAAGCCAAGAGCUAGAAUUUUCGGACAUUUUCCAACCAUAGAUGGAAGUUUCCUUUCUUGAAUGCCUAUGCUUUUCAAAUAAGCCCAAUUUUCAGAUGCUUUUUCUCUUGGUACACCUUCAAGGCGUUUACACUUCUUCAGCAUCUCAUGAAUGCUAUUGUCGUCAAAACCUUUGUCUUUAAAGAACCACAUAAUACCACCAUUGUGGCUGUUACUGGUUUCCAUGUCCCUAAAAGAUUAUCCAGAAAGCUUAGCGCAUUCAGAUUUUUAAAUGGAUCCAGAUUACACUUACUACAACUCAUAGCUAUGCGACGAGCUUGAUAUGAAAAUAGAGAACAAAAUAAGUAAAUAUGUCAAAGGACGUGUUCUUUUCGAACUUCAUAUACCACAUGGCAUGCUUAAAACGAAUUACACUAAAGGGCAAGGGACUUCCUCUUUUAAAUAUGAAUACCAUAUAGCAUUCAAAUUCUAUACAACCCAGAGCUUAACUGCUUGGUUCUUCAGAGACAACAUUUAUCCAAGAACAUCAGAGGAAUUCUGUAAUCAAGUCAAUCAAACUAGACAAUGGAAAACCACAUUUUCUACACACACAAAAUAAAAAUGGAAUCUGAUAUCAAGAACCAAAUUUACUACAUUAGCAUCAAGGGAAAACCCCAAGUUUACAUGAUUAUAGACCCCAAGUUUACAUGAUUAUUAACGGUUUCGAAUCAAUAUCGAGAAAUACCCGAUCCAAAUCACAAAGACACUUAAUUCCAUUCGAGCGCCAAACUAGAGUCAAAGUAAAAAAUUCUCUAAGUUGAUUUAGCACAAGAACAGAGAUCAGUCUCAAAAGAUUCCAAACACCAGCAGACAUAUAUAUGGAAGAUGUUCAAGUAAACAAAUGCUCCCUAUUGAACUAAUUAUGAGGCAUAAAUUAGCUCUAGAGUUAGUUCAAAUAAGAGGAAUACCAAAACUAGCACUGGAGGGAGUAGAAGAUAACAUGCUUCCAAGAAUACAUCUUUGACCCAAAGUAUAAAUCAGCAGGAAUACCAAAAAGUAGGUUAAAUACAUGUUGGGCAUCCCAAUAGAAUAAAGCCAGAAAAAAACAACAACACAGUGACAAAAAAGAGAAUGUUAACAGAAAAGAACAAGUAGUUCCAAAGAAACCCAAAUGCAGCACCACCAUCCCUCUGCUAAAGGCAGCUAAAAAUAAAUUGUAUUCAGAUGAAAAAACAGAAAUUCAAAAAGGGCCCCCAUUGCUCAAGUCACGAAUUCCUCAUAUUUUAUUGGAAUUGACUUACUAUCAAGCACAUGAAAUGCAUACUACAAGGUAGAAAGCUAGGGAGUGGAGAAACUUACUGAAUAGAAGAGGAGGAAUUUACUUAUGAAGCUUCAGAGCAAUCCCAUUCCCACUGCAGAAUUCUGUCCACCCGCUUCCCACAAGGCCCCUACGACGCCGGACUGCGGUGGAGGCAGAGGUUUUGGGGGGUGACUGAAAUUGUGUAGUGUGAGAGUCAAAACUGGCACAUUUGAUA